UUCUCAUGUACUCCCUUACACAUGUCUCUCGGCCGGUUGAACUGCAGCACGCUACGAAACACUUUAAAAUUAAUCUUGAAUUAACAGAAAAAAAAUAUAUUAAAAGGCUAUUAUUGCUUUCAUUGAUUAACCUUCGAUUAAAUUAUAUUAUGAAUCUACUUUGUCUUUUACUUGCAAGUGACGAGUAGGUUAGAUAGAUAGCUCCAGUGUACCACGUGAAAAAUCGGAGCGCGUACCGUAAACUAAUUUAAUAUUAUCAUGACAAAUAUUUUGUUAAGACGUGCGAAUUAUUUUGGGCAACACCUGAAAUUUGCUGUAUCUAACGAGAAUAAAAGAGUGAUCAGUUUUGCAAGUAUAAAAUGUGCAAGGACAUUUGUUAUGCUCGAAAGUAGGGAGACAGCACGACGAGAGGAAGAAAAUAGUCAAAGGAAUAUAAUAUACGAAAAAUUCGAUAAACUAUGCCAACACAUAGAGAUGAAGAAGGGCCUGAGAAGAAGGGAAAUUGCAAAUAUCAUAAACCUUAUAGAUUCUGUAGAUGUUAUAGACGAUUAUGAAUCAGUUUCAUUACUUCAAUGGUGUAAUAAUAUAACAGAUUGCUUACCAAUAGAUAAGGUGAAACUUGGAGAAUCGUUAUGGUUGAUUCUAAAUGUUUGCAAUUUCAAGAUUUGUACAGCCCAUUAUAACGCACUCUUGAAGUUGUAUGUAACGAACGAAAUUGAUUUUUCACCUACGAAAUUAUUAAUGGAAAUGGAGAGCAAAAGAAUUUAUCCAGAUGCUUCGACAUAUGAAAUGUGCAUCGAAUAUUUGUGCAGAAAGGAAAAGAUUAACGAAGCACUGAUGCUUCUAGAAGAUAUGUCAAGGUUGAAGCUUCGUAUAUCGGAAAUUAUUUUUAAUUCAUUAAUGUUAGGAUACUCUCGAACUGGAGAUAUACAAAAUGUGAAUAGUAUUCUGAGCACAAUGAAAGAACUGAAUUUAAAGCUAACUUCGAAAACGUUGAUCGCAGUUCUGUGCACUUACGCAAAAUUGAAUAAUAUCGAUGAAAUCAGAAUAACAAUUGAAAACUGCAGUGCGAACAAUUUGCAUUUUACUAAUGAAGAUAUCUUAAGUGUGAUUUAUGUAUUAGCAAAGGAUGAUCGUACUGAAAACAUGCAUACUCUGUACCAGUAUUUAAAAAGAAAGAACACCAUUACGAAUGGUGAAUUAAUUUUGAUAUUGAAAUUGAUAAGCAGUAAUCAACCGAGAAUAGCUAUGGAUGUCCUAUUCUGCAUGAUUUCUCAAAAAAAUCUCUUAAAUAAAGUUGUAAAAUUAAUCCUGAAACACGCGAUUAAUGAAAGUAUGACAGUUAACGACCUUAUUAAGAUAUGCACUCACGUGAAAGAACAGAAUGUAUAUGAUAAGUCUUUGUUAACGUUACUACGCUAUUCGUUAAUGGAAAACGAUGAUGUGUCUCUUCCUUUGCUCAGGAUAUGUAAAUAUCGCACCAUAAUAAAGCCACAUUACUUUUGGCCAAUUUUAAUCAGGCGAGCAAACAAAUACGAUUUCCAAGGUAUUCUAGAUGUCCUUAACAUUAUGGUAAACGAAUUCAAUAUAUUACCAUGUAUCGACACGAUUACCGAUUACGUUUUACCAGUGACUUUCGGAGAACUGUAUGAUGUAAAAAGUAUAUUAAUGAAACACAGUAUAAGCGAAACGUUGUUCAAUAACUCUUAUAUAUUAUUUAAACUGAAGAAGAAGAAACUAACCGAAGCUGUUCUAUACAUGCGAUACUGCAGAGGCGAUUAUUUUUACAAGAUACUGGCUCAUAGUCUUAGACAUGCGGCAGUUUUUAAAAAUGACGUACAUAGUUUCGUGUAUGCCAGUACUAAAUUAUUAGAAAGCGACGAUUCAUUUUCAACCCUGAUGUUAGGUAACAAAUCGAAUGAUUUAAAAUUCGUAACGAUGGACAAGCAAUUGCGUGACUUCAUUCUUGACUUCCCAUCUCAUAAGACGUGGUUACUGAGGAUACUACAUGAAUUACAAAAACAGAAGAUUCGCUUGGAGUACGACACGGUGUGCGCGAUAGAAAAAAUUUUUAACGAACAUUUAGAGUACGAUGUAAAACUUUUACUUUCAAACUUGACGAAUAAAGAAGAUACGUAAAUUUGCAGAUA